AUGAUUGUCCUUCACAGUUCUCAUGCAAAUUCCUCCGGCACAAGUAAUGUACAAGAAUCAACUGCAAGAGUACACACAAAAAAUGUCAAACAACUUCCAAUUUAUCAAACAGUUAAUGAAGGUUUUCCACAUGCCCCAAAGUUCAGAGCAAAGGUUUUGGUUGAUGGAUCUGAAUAUCAAUCCAAGUCAACAUAUCCCACGAAGAAAGAAGCAGAGCAGGCAGUAGCAAAAAUAGCUUAUGAAUGCAUUCACAACAAAAUUGAUGCUAGAGAUAUUUCACUUAUUUACAAGGAACCCAUGUUGUGCAAAUCCAUUCUCUAUGAAUUUGCUGUCAAGAGGAAUCUGGAUAGGCCUAUAUAUAACACUAGAUAUACAGAAGGGCCAAGCUCAGUUUAUAUUUGUCACUUGGUGUUGGGAGGCAAAACUUACAAAGGUGAGUUAGCUGGGAGCAAGCAAAUGGCAAAGCAAGUAGCUGCUCAAGCCGCGAUUGAAUCACUCUUGGGAAUGCUUUAUGAGAUCAUCAUGUCCAAAAAUAAGUCUUAUCCUAGUAUGCAAACCAGAAUGGAUACUGGCUCUAGUGAGAAAAUGUUGCCUAAAUGCUCUGGCAAUUUACAAGGUCAAAAAGCAAGCAUUAAGAGAGCAGUUGCUUGCUUCAACACUGAUGGCAUAGUUGGUAGCUCUGGAAGUGGACCAAAGCGUAAAACCGAAACCAAAAACUGGGAAAGGAACAAAAUGAGAAGAUUUGGCAAUUGA